AUGGCGACAGUGAGACUUCGACGGGUGUUUCGUUAUCCCGAAGACUCGGAUGGCGAGCAUGACCGAGAGGAACUCGACGAGGAAGAGCAGGAGCGCGUGAUUAAGCAGCUUCAGAGCCUGAAUAGCAAGAGAAAUGCAGGUUAUAGUAUAAUCUUCACAGCAAUCCCUUUAAUUUCGGCGGCUGCUUUCAUUCCAUCCAUAUUAUCAGAGUCACCCACGUUAUAUGAACGACUUCUCUGCUUUCUCGCUCUACUGUCAUCAGCCACCACGGCGUACAUUAUGAAGAAUCUGCCCUUACGACCCCUAGACAACAAGGGCAAGAGGCCAGUGAUAGAAGCUGGUCGUACCAGGCCUGAUCAGCAUCUCAUAACUGUCAAUGCCAUUGUCUGUACACUUCUGGCACUGGCAUACUUCUUCUCGAAAGCAAUGGGAGCAUACAAUGUUCGUCCGGCUUUAUAUGUGGUCCCGGGAGCAAUGCUUAUGGCAAUUUUGAUUGCGCGGAGAGUCAUGCUUUCUGUUGAUCCCACGUCCCUCGAAGACUUGAGGUACGAAUAUAAAGGAGCCUAG